AUGGAGGCACUGGCAGGAGAGCAAGGAGACAUGGAGCAGAAGAAGCAACUCAAAAAGCAGAUCAUGGAGUGGGUUGAGACGAAACAGUUGCCAGACACGCUCGACCAGAUCUCACAGUACGGCGAUGCCGCUUUCGAGAGCCUGGGCCGAGAGCUUUUGAAGCACCCGGAGCUCGCCCGGCCAGUGGCAUUGGCACUUGGCCACGAGGACUCCGAAACAGAGUCGCCGCGUCGCCUGGAGGAGCCACUUACCUCUCAUGACGACUCAUCCACAUCGUCUCAGCCCUUGGUCGAAGUCGUUGACGACGAGCUCCACGAGGCUGAGGACUCAGCUACCUCCCUUCGGAUAUGGGACCGGAAUUUUCAGGCAAGCCUCGUCCAGUUCCGCGACCAGAGCCGCUUCGCUCUUUGGAACCAUACGCAGGUGCAGGUGCCACUUUUCAGCGAGGUGCUGAACGUCGUGGUGAAAUCCAUGGCCAAGGUGACGGCCGAGAUCCUUCAACAGGGACCAAGUGAAAGCUCAGAGAAGCAUGCUGUGCUCAUGCAGGAUGCAGGGAGUGAAGCAAGCGAGAUGCAGAGUCACGCAAGAGUCAUGGCCAGCAAGCUCGAGGCAGAGUGCAACCGGAUGAUGCACUAUGAACUACUGGCUUUCGCUUUGACAAAGCACGAGAAACAACGACUUUUUGAGUUGAGCACUGGAAUGGUGCAAAGUCUGUACCGACAAGGGCAUCUGGCGCGCCUGGCGCAGAUCGCAUCGGAGGCUUCCGGGGCGGUGAGACAGGCGCGCGAAGUUUAG